GUCGCCGAGCCGCGGCGCGGAGCCGCGAUGUCUCCGGCGGCUGGAGGCGAGCGGCGGCGGCCGCCCCUGGCGAGCGCCCGGAGCGGCCGGGGCGGCUCGGGCUGGGGCCGCGUUGGGCCGGCCGGGGCGGCGCUCCUGGGCCUGUCGUUGCUCGGCCUGGCGCUGUACUUGGUGCCGGCGGCGGCCGCGCUGGCCUGGCUGGCCGUGGGGGCGACCGCGGCCUGGUGGGGAUGGAGCCGGGAACCCCGCGGUCCGCGCGCCGCAGCCGGCCCGGGGCGACACGCGCGGAGGCCGCGGACGUUGGCCGCCUCGCCCCCGGCCAAGCCGAGCGUCAACGGCGACGUGCUGGAGCCGCGGACCUUGCUCGAGGGCCCCGACCCCGCCGAGCUGCUGCUCCUGGGCGGGUACCUGGGCAAGCCCGGCCCGCCGCGGGACGGCCCCGCGCGCUCCCCUCUGGUCCCGGCCCGGCGCGCGGCGCCCAGCUACCCGGUCCUGUCCUCCCCGGUCCUCCCGCCUUCCCGGAGACCCGCCCACAGGGGCAGCGGGCUUUUAGCAAAUCGUUUCAUAAUCACACCGCGGAGGCGCUACCCGAUCCAGCAGCCGCAGUACUCGCUGCUGGGGGCGCUCCCCACCGUGUGCUGGAAUGGGUGUCCCAAGAAGACCGUGCUGUCAGCUCGCAAUUCCAAGAUGGUGUGUAGCCCCGUGACUGUGCGCAUCGCCCCUCCUGACAGCAAGCCAAGCCGGCCCCCGCCCCCGGGGUGGACAUUCAGCUCUACCGUGUCCUCGCCAUCCAUUAGCGCCCCAGACCCGUGUGCCAAGGAGACUGUGCUGAAUGCCCUCAAGGAGAGGAAGAAGAGGACCAUGGAGGAGGAAGACCCAAUAGCUCUGGAUGGCCUGGAAAAUAAAAGGAGGCGCCAUGACAGCAGCGGGAGUGGCCAUUCCGCCUUCGAGCCCCUGGUGGCCAAUGGAGUCCCCGCUGCUUUUGUGCCUAAGCCUGGGUCUCUGAAGAGAGGUCUCAAUUCCCAAAAUGCAGACGACCACUCGAGUAAGAGGUCACGCACCUCCUCCGUGAGCUCCCUGGCUAGCACAUGCGCCGGGGGCGUCCCCAGCUCCAGCCGCAACGCCAUCAGCAGCUCCUACAGCUCCACCCGUGGCUUCCCACAGCCAUGGAAGAAGAGCGGUCCUCCGGCAUCCCCCUUCUCUAGCCCUGCUUCCUCCCGCUCCCAGACGCCUGAGAGGCCAGCCAAGAAAACCAGGGAGGAAGAACCGCCUCAGCAUUCCAGCUCGUCACCCCCGCUGGUGACGGACAAGGAGUCCCAGGGCGAAGGGGCUGCAGAUGCAACCCCAUGGAAGAAGCAGAACUCGGAGAGCUCUCCCUUGGCGCAUGGCAGCACUGGCCAGCGGAAGCGCAAAAUCCAGCUGCUACCCUCCCGGCGCGGGGAGCAGCUGACCCUGCCUCCUCCGCCACAGCUGGGUUACUCUGUCACUGCAGAGGACUUCGACAUGGAGAAGAAAGCUUCCUUGCAGUGGUUCAACAAGGCGCUGGAGGACAAGACCGACACCACCUCUGACACGGCAGCUGAAAACCCACCCACCACCCAGGCACCUCUUACCUUCUCCCUGCCUGCCAUCAGCACCUCGGCCUCCCCGGCCAGCCUCCCCACUGCCCCAAGCACCAACCCGCUGCUGGAGAGUCUGAAGAAGAUGCAGGGUACCCCCGGGCCGCCGGCCGCAACAGAACCUGCUGCUGCGGCCACCGCACUAACCCCUUCACCUCCGAAGUUGCCCAGCCUCCUGGCCCCUGCCACCUGUGCGCCGCCAGAGCCCCUGGCAGACACGUCCUCGGACUCUAAGCCCGCAGCCCCUCUCCUGAGGCUGAGCCCUGCUUCUGCCACAACUCCUGUCGCUGAUGCCACCAAGUCCCCUUCUGUGGCCCCUCAGGCCGAGCCACCUGCCAAAGCCCCAUCGCCCACAGCCAGCAAAUUGCUGGACAUGCUGGGCUCCUCACCCGCUCAGCCUGCCUCGCCUGAGGCUCCUGCCAGAGCUGCGGCCUCUCCCGUGUUCAAGCCCAUCUUCUCGGCACCACUGAAAAGCGAGAAUGAGAGCCCCGUGGUCACAGCCGCAGCACCUGCCAGCACCGCUGCCCCCACUGCCACGAGCAGCGCCUCCAGCCCCACCUUCGAGCCCAUCUUCAGCAGCAUGGGGCUGUCUGCUCCCAUACCCUUGGCCACUCCCUUCUCCUUUAAGCAGACCACCACGGCAGCCACCACCCCAGCCUCUGCUGCCCCUCUCUUCUCUGGCCUGGCUGCUGCCACCUCCACUGUGGCCUCUGCCACCGUAGUCAGCUCAUCUGCAGACUCCGCGAAGCCCGUGUUUGGCUUUGGCCUUGGCGCCGUGACGAGCGCUCCUAGCAGCAUGGCCAGCAGCAGCACCACAGCCUCCACCACCAUGGCGCAGCCUUUCCUGUUUGGGGCUCCCCCUGCCUCAGGUGCCAGCUUGACCCCCUCCAUGGGCUCCAUAUUCCAGUUUGGCAAGCCUGCCGUGCCCACCUCCACCACAGUCACCACCACCUUUGGCCAGUCCCUUGCCAGUACUGCCCCCACGGCCACCAGCAGCACGGCAGGGUUCAGCGGCUUUGGCUCACUCACCACCUCAGCCUCCGCCGCCUCCAGCCAGCCCACACUGACCUUCAGCACCACCAGCCAGGCCUUCAACAUUCCCUUCGGCUCGGCCGCCAAGCCCUCUCUCCCGUCGUUCACGGGAACCAACCCCCAGCCUGCGUUUGGGGCCACUGAUGGCCAGCAGCAGCAGGGGGCUGCAAAGCCAACCCUGGCCCCGAGCUUCGGCAGCUCAUUUUCCUUCGGGGCCCCAGCCCCAGCCCCGAGCACCACACCCGGGCUGGCCCCUGCCCAGCCAGCUUUUGGCAGCACUGUGCAGUCCUCCUUCGGUGGCCUGAAAAACACAGCCACCGCCUUCGGCACCGCUGCCACCACCCAGCCGGCCUUUGGGAGCGGCAGCACGGUGUUCUCCUUUGGGGCGUCCACCACCACGGGCUUCGGGGCGUCCACCCCAACCACCAGCAGCGGGACCAGCAGCACGGUGUUUGGCAGCACAACUCUGUCGCCCUUCACGUUCGGGAGCCCGGCUGCCCCGGCUGCCGGCGGUGGCUUUGGGCUCAAUGUGGGCACCCCAGGUGCCAGCUCCACCUCGGGAGCCUUCAGCUUCGGGGCUGGACAGAGUGGGACCACAGGCACUGCCACCCCCUUUGGGGGGGCCUUGAGUCAGAACAGCCUGGGGACCCCCAACCAGACUACCCCAUUUGCCUUCAACAUGGCUAGCACGCCCGAGAGCAAGCCCGUGUUUGGAGGUGCCUCCACGCCCACCUUUGGGCAGAACGCCUCUACCCCUGGAGCUGUCACAGCGGGCAGCAGCUUGUCCUUCGGGGCGUCCUCAACCCCUACCCAGGGUUUUGUCGGCAUGGGACCUUUUGGGUCGGCGGCCCCUUCCUUCUCCAUUGGUGCAGGGUCCAAGACCCCAGGGGCCCGACAGCGCCUGCAGGCUCGGAGGCAGCACACGCGCAAGAAAUAGUCUUGCCCCUCGCCCCAUUUCGGACCUCGGCACCUGCUCAGAAGAGCCUGCCCCCUGCCCCUCGGAGUUCCAGAAGUAAACCUCUGCCCUGAUCUCUGGCCGUGGCUGCCCCUGGGCAGAGGCCUGAUGCCUUUACUUGAACAGUUGCACUGGUGAGGCUGGGAGCCAGGGGACAGCUGUACAUACCCCCUCUGCGGCUCGCACGUCGCCCUCACCCUCAGCAGGCCCUCCUCGCCACCCCUGCCGUCUGUCCCUAGAGAGCAGUCUUGGCUGGUUGGCCCCAUGCGCCCCGGCUGGGCCCUGGGGAAAUGGCCGGCCCCUGAUGCCUGACCCUGCUUGACCGGGCUGAGAAGUGGCUCUCUUGUGCUGCUCCCUGAGGGGGCUGUCUCCCCAUUUCUUGCUGCUUUGCCCCUUGCCUGGUCCUUGCAGACUUCUUCCCUCUGGAAUGAUCUCGAAUCUCGCUUUGCCUUGGAGACCCUGGGGGGUGCUGCACCUGGCGACCCAUCCCCACCUGCCAAGUCGGUGUCACCAGCCUUCCCCCUGCCAGUGGGGCCUCGGAGGUUGGGGACUGUAAGCCUGGCCGAUCCAGGGCAGGAGGGCUGCCCGUCCCCACCGGCCUCUGGGGACUGUGCGUGCCUCUUGGGGUUGUCUGUUCUAAACCUUGUCUUGUGUUACUUGGUCUGACGCUUGUCUAUCGCUCUUUGAAUCGAGUUUGGAGGAAGAAUUGAAUCGUAUGAGUGGCGGCAUGUUGGUAGUGCCGGACUUGUUUCUCGACGUUUCUGGGGCCUAAUUGAAUGUGGCAGUAGCACCACUUGACAGCUACACGUGCUGACUCUGAAGUUUCCCAGUGGUGUUUUGACGUUAAGGGCUGGCAGCCCAAAAGGAUGGGGCC